AUGAAUAUACACAUCUCCCAAACCUCGCCUCGAAGUAAAGGGUAUUUAAAGUAUUUGACUGUUUCAUCCACCCCGUACGCUGUACGCAUCCUCCACCCCCGUGACUCUGACGCUUGCUCCACCCCCUCUGUACGUUUAUUUGGCUCCACUCUGUACGCAUCCUUUACUCUGGCUCCCACCCCCGUCCCUCUCUACGCAUCCUUUACUCUGGCUCCACCCCCGUCCUCUCUCUACGCAUCCUUUACUCUGGCCCCACCUGGCCCUGUCCCACCCCUUUACUCUGGUCCACUCUGUCCACGCAUCCUUUACUCUGGCUCCACCCUGUCCACUGUACGCAUCCUUUACUCUGGCUCCCACCCCGUCCAUCUCUACGCAUCCUUUACUCUGGCUCCACCCCGUCCUCUCUACGCAUCCUUUACUCUGGCUCCACCCUGUCCUCUCUACGCAUCCUUUACUCUGGCCCCACCCCACUCUCCGCAUCCUUUACGCAUCCUUUACAUCCUUACUCUACCUGGCUCCACCCCAGUCCCUCUGUACGCAUCCUUUACUCUGGCCCCACCCAGUCCCUCUCUACGCAUCCUUUACUCUGGCCCCACCCAGUCCCUCUCUACGCAUCCCUUUACUCUGGCUCCACCCCGUCCUCUCUACGCAUCCUUUACUCUGGCUCCACCCCCCAGUCCUCUGUACGCAUCCUUUACUCUGGCCCCACCCAGUCCUCUGUACGCAUCCUUUACUCUGGCUCCACCCAGUCCUCUGUACGCAUCCUUUACUCUGGCCCCACCCAGUCCUCUCUACGCAUCCUUUACUCUGGCUCCACCCUGUCCACUGUACGCAUCCUUUACUCUGGCUCCACCCCGUCCAUCUCUACGCAUCCUUUACUCUGGCCCCCACCCCUCCACCCCUGUAAUCGCAUCCUUUACUCUGGCUCCACCCCGUCCUCUGUACGCAUCCUUUCACUCUGGCUCCAUCCUGUCCACUGUAAUGCAUCCUUUACUCGCCCCACCCCCGUCCUCUCUACGCAUCCUUUACUCUGGCCCCACCCACGUCCCUCUACGCAUCCCUUUACUCCUGGCUCCACCCCCGUCCACUGUAAUGCAUCCUUUUACUCUGGCUCUCUCUACGCUCCACCCCUGUCCACUAUUCGCAUCCUUUACUCUUGGCCCCACCCCGUCCACAAAUACGCAUCCUUUACUCUGGUCUUCCACCUGUCCACUGUAA